AUGCCACCUAAUAAUUCUGAUGGGGAAAAACAAUCUGUAUCAAGUAAUAAGUCCGCAAGCAAUGUAGCGACUUUAUUUUUACAAAAACUGUACACUAAUAAUAAGUCUGCACUUUCUGAAAUAAUACUUUUUGGAUUUGACCUUGAAUGUUUAAAAGAAAGACAAAUUAAUGACAGCCAAGUUCAAAUCCAAAAAAAUAAACCUUUUCAUCAGCUUAAAUCUGAAUCACAAAAAAAGAGCAGACUUCAGACUUUAGCUUAUGAUAUUCAUAGUAGAAUUGAAUCUACACUUGAUCUACACAAUUUUCAUAAUACAAAAUUAGACCAUGUAGAAUUAAAUAUAGAUGAAUCUCCAAUUAAAUUUCAGAAUCUUGCAGCUGUUAUGCCCGAAAUAGAACAGGAAUAUAAAGUUGAAAAGCAUCGACAAGAAAUAACUGAAACUGUAAAUGAUAUGAUUUCAGUUUAUCCAGUUCAAAUAAAUUUUUUAGCACCUAAUGGAGCUUAUCAUUCACUUAAAGAUAUUUUAAAUGUUUUAAUUUCUAAGUUAGCAUAUGGAAAUUCAUCAGUAUUAAAAAUAGGGGAUGUUGUUUACAUUAAAUUAAGUAGGAAUGGACGGCAGAUGGGUAAACAUCAUAAUCAUGUAAUGUUUACCGCCUGCAUAUUAAAUCAACAUAAAGCAGUUUUGAGUCCACCAAGCCAACAUUGUAUUUUUCUUUACACGGGUAUUGAACAGUAUGAAUCUCUUCAGCAGGCUUUUAAUUUUUUAAUUAAAGAACUAUUAACUUUAAAUAUGGAAGGGAUUAUUGAUUUAAAAAACAAUCAUUGGCCAAUUGAGUUUUGGUUUGGCACUGAUUGA